GCAACACAACUUUAAACUUUGUUCUCUUCUCUCUACAGCCUUACUCACUUUACUCGUUAGACUCACAUGGCUUCUUUCCUCUCUUAUGUUCUAUUCCUAAUUAGCCUCUUUUCAACCUUAUUCCUCUCCAUCAAUGGAGUUCUCCCCAACGGCUACUUCAGCGAAGCCAAACCGAUAAAGAGAACGGAAAAGCUGAGCCAUCUCCACUUCUACUUCCAUGACAUCCUCAGUGGCAAAACCCCAUCUGCUGUUAAAAUCAUUUCUAGUCCACCAAAAGCCAAGUCUGCUACUGGCUUGUUUGGAACCACUUUUAUGACUGAUGAUGCAUUGACUGUAGGGCAAGAACCCACCUCGAAAAUCGUCGGCAGAGCGCAAGGUUUUUACUCUGCAGCCUCACAGAGUGAUGUAUCAUUUCUUAUGGUCAUGAAUUAUGUCUUCACUGAAGGUAAGUACAAUGGAAGUACCAUUAGCAUUCUUGGAAGAAAUCCAGUCCUCGAUGAUGUGAGGGAAAUGCCAAUUGUUGGAGGCAGCGGUUUGUUUAGAUUCGCCCGUGGCUAUGCCUUGGCUCACACAGUGUGGUUUGAUCCCAAGACUGGGGAUGCCAUUGUUGAGUACAAUGUUUUUGUUUUACACUAUUGACCCUCGUCAUCAUCUCAUGUUAGCCAUGCUUCUCUUUGUUUUUGCUUUUAUUUUGUUCUUCCUGAUUGAUUGUGAUUCAAGCCUUGUCUACCUUAAUCUUAUAUGGAAGACUGUGUUUGUGCAAUUUGUUUUCCUUUUAAGGUUGCCACAAGUUAUUCUCUAAGACUUU